AUGGACCUUCCCAGCCCUAGGUGCAGCCUGUGGAGGGGCCUCGUGCUAGUGGCCAGCCUGCUGGCCAGUGGGAUCUGCCAGGCCGCUGGCCAAAUCUUCAUCACCCAACUCCUAGGGGUUGAAGGAUAUCGAAGUAUCCUGGCCCUAGAGAACAUCCCCGAGAACGUCCGGGAAUACACCUGGUACCGAGGUACACAGGACAGUGCAGGAAAUAUGAUUCUCAGCUACAAACUUCCCAACUCCUGGCAGCCUGGGCCCAUGCACAGUGGCCGGGAGAAUGUGACCAGAACAGGUGACUUGGUGAUCAAGAAGUCUAUGCUAAAUGACACAGGAAACUACACUGUUUGGGUGGACACUGGCAAUGAAACCCAAACAGCAACUGGCUGGCUUGAGAUUGUUGAGUUGGAAAGCAAUCCGGGCAUCUCAGUCAACGCCACCUCCCUGGUGGAGAACAUGGAUUCUGUGGCUGCCUACUGCCACACUAAUGUCACCAAGGUCACAUGGUUUGUGAAUUCUGUGCCCAUAUCCAGCAGUAACCGGAUGACAAUUUCCCCAGAUGGGAAGACCCUCAUCGUCCACAGGGUCAGCCGCUAUGACAGGACUCUUCAGUGUGUGGUGGAAAGUUUCCCAGAGAUCUUUCAGAGAAGCGAGCUGAUCGCCCUGACUGUGGCCUAUGGACCAGACUCCGUGGUACUGAGGGCCACACCUGACAUCUUCAACGGUGUCAUCACUGCUAAGAUCGGCUCCCAGGUAGAGAUGGAAUGUGUCUCCAUUUCCCUUCCACCUAGCUCGUACCGCUGGACCCACAAUGGCUCCCUCCUGAACCUCUCAGAGGCAAAGAUGACCCUCUUGAGUCUAGCAUGGGAACAGCUGGGCCGGUACAGAUGUAUCGUGGAGAACCCUGUGGCCCAGUUGACCUUUUACAGAGACGUCAGGAUCCAACUACCUCCUGAGAGUGAGUGUUGUCUCCCUCCAGAGCUUUUACCUGUGGCCCGCAGUGGUUUUUACAUCUCGGGAUCCCUGGUGGUAUUCCUCAUUGUGAUGACUGUCCUGGGGAGUGUCUACCUCUGUGGAGUUCUGGUCUACGCUCUGAUCAGCUAUUACUCAACCAGGUACCUUUGGUGUUCUAGGUCAAGGAUGGGGCAUCGGCUGGGGCAGGAACUCAAGGGGUAUCACACCCUCCAGGGGGAGGAUGGCUGA